AUGCUUGUGCGAGAUUGGGGGUACGCCGUCUACUCCAUCGCGCAGCUCGAGUCCGACGGCUCGGCGUCCGUCAAGUACUUCACGGACAGUGACUGCAACACGGCCUUGGCGGACACAACCAUCGACAAGGCCACGCUGAAUUCUGACAGCUGCGACGGAGACGACUACCGUUGGUCGUACUACAGCUCCUCCUCCCCCUACACUUCCGACGAUGGCUCUGGUGGCAGUGGUGGAUCGACAGCAGCAAGCAACAGCACCCAGACUAAUGGCGGCAUCGACGCGGAUCAGAUCUCGAAAGACAACGCCAGCACGCCAAUAGAAUCAACAACCUCGUCUUCCGGCGGCGACAAUCUCGUGGUAAUUGCGGGAGUCGUGACUGUUGUUCUCGCUGUUGCUCUCCUCGUUUGGCACCGUCGGCGACCUUCACUAGGGCAAUCCGGGUUGUGGGACGACGAUGUCAUCACAGCAAAGCGUAUCUCGCGGCGCGAUGUCCACACUCAUCACCUGCUGAGCCGCGGAGCUUUUGGGGAGGUGUAUUCUGGAGUUUACAACGACAAGCGUGUUGCUGUCAAGAUGCUGACUCCAGAAACUCGAAGCUUGAUGCCCCAUGUGAAUAACUUUCUAGCUGAGGCCAAGUUGACCGCCAGUAUGGACCACCCACGCAUCGUCCACUUCAUCGGUGUUGCAUGGGAUUCGCUGUCCGACUUGUGCGUGAUGAGGAAGCACCCCGUGGGUAUCGACCGGGAAAAAGCUACGAUAGCCCUCCACGUCUGCCACGCUCUCACGUAUCUCCACUCGUUGUCGCCGCCAGUGAUCCACCGCGACUUAAAGUCCCGUAACAUCCUGCUGAAUAGCGCCAUGGGGGCCAAACUGACCGACUUUGGGAUCUCCCGGGAGCGGCUGGACAGCACGUUGACGACGGGGGUGGGGACGUUGCUGUGGAUGGCUCCAGAGGUGAUGCUAGGCGAGUGGUACGACGACAAAGCGGAUAUUUUUUCCUUCGGAGUGGUGCUGUCCGAGUUAGACUUGCACACGCUCCCGUACGGGCAAGCGAAGGACCACAACCGCGAUUCCAAAGGGAGACGGCUACCGGAUACGAUUCUCCUGCAGCAAGUGGCCAUGGGGCACUUGACGGUGGAAUUUUCAGACGCGGCUCCGAAGGCUAUCGUCGAGCUGGGGAAGGAGUGCGUCUCCGUCGACCCGAGCUUGCGCCCGACAGCAGCCGAAGUCCUGUAUAGACUGCAGAUUGUGCUUGCCAGCGAACUCAAGUAA